GCCUUUUGACAAUUUGUCAUUCAUUUUGCAACAUUACGUAAAUCAGCGAGUAAAAUUUUGGUGCAAGGAAAAGAAAAUGUUGAAGGUAGCGACGGUAUUGAGAUUGGCUUCAAAGCCGAAUAAUAAUGUUCGAGCACUAGCCACAGCCGCGAGCAAGAAGCAGGCCCUCGUGAACGUACCCCCGACACAACUCACAGUCCUCGACAACGGGAUCCGCGUUGCGUCCGAAGAUUGUGGUGCACCAACCGCGACUGUAGGCCUCUGGAUCGAUGCCGGAUCCAGGUACGAAAACUCCAAAAACAAUGGAGUCGCCCACUUCCUGGAACACAUGGCUUUCAAAGGCACGAGCAAAAGGUCCCAGACGGACUUGGAACUCCUCGUCGAAAACAUGGGAGCUCAUUUAAACGCUUACACGUCGCGGGAGCAGACCGUGUUCUACGCUAAAUGCCUCGCCAACGACGUUCCGUUUGCCGUCGAAAUCCUUGCCGACAUCAUCCAAAACUCGUCACUCGCUGAACCCGAAAUCGAACGAGAGCGCGGCGUCAUCCUGCGCGAGAUGCAGGACGUCGAGAGCAACCUGCAGGAGGUUGUAUUCGAUCACUUACACGCCACCGCCUUCCAGGGCACGCCCUUGGGCCAGACAAUCCUGGGACCUACUAAGAACAUCAAGAAGAUCUCCAAAGCCGAUCUCCAACAGUACAUCAAGACCCACUACCAACCUGCCCGUAUUGUCCUGUCCGGGGCUGGUGGCAUUGAACACGGAAAAUUAGUUGACCUGGCCAACAAGCACCUGGGUGGCUUAAAGAACACGACAUACGAUGUACCCGAAAUUGCACCUUGCAGAUACACCGGCUCAGAAAUCCGAGUAAGAGAUGACUCAAUGCCCCUCGCUCAUGUAGCCAUUGCCGUAGAAGGUGCAGGGUGGACGGAUGCCGACAAUAUUCCAUUGAUGGUAGCCAACACUCUUGUCGGUGCUUGGGACCGCUCCCAGGGUGGCGGCGCUAACAAUGCAUCCUACCUGGCCCGGGCAUCCGCCGUGGAGAACCUCUGCCACAGCUUCCAGUCCUUCAACACCUGCUACAAGGACACAGGACUGUGGGGCAUCUACUUUGUGGCUGAGCCGUUGCAGCUGGAUGACUUCAUGUACUGUCUCCAGAAGGAAUGGAUGAAACUGUGCACCACCGUCACAGAAGGUGAAGUCGAGCGGGCUAAGAACUUAUUGAAGACAAACAUGCUCCUUCAAUUGGACGGAACCACCCCUGUGUGUGAGGACAUUGGUCGCCAAAUCCUGUGCUACAACCGCCGCAUCCCCCUCCAUGAGUUAGACGCUAGAAUUGAUGCUGUUAGCGUCCAGAAUGUCCGUGAUGUCUGCUACAAGUACCUGUUUGACAAGUGUCCCGCUGUAGCUGCUGUUGGUCCGACCGAAGGUCUCCCAGACUACUCUAGAAUUCGCGCCAACAUGUACUGGCUCCGAGUCUAAUCGAGUAUAAUAGUUAUUUAAUUAGUAAAAUAUCAUAUUAAGUACAUUAAAAGGUUUUUUCGAAAGUAUGUCGUUUUAUUGAGUAAAACACAGUGUCUUUUGUGUAUGUAUUUAUUAAAGUAACAAUAUUCUCUGUAAAUAAUAAAUAUAACAAAAUUA